GGUUACAUUACUUUGGCUAAAAAAUUGUCAAAAAAUUAAUAUUUUUUCUGUCAAAAUUAUCAAUUGAGUUAUUUUUGUCGAGUUGAUAAGUUUUAAUUGUUUUUUCAUCAAAAUUCUCAGAACGGAACGUAAUAACAAAACGGUUUUCAUUUUUGCCAAAAUUGCUAAGAGUGCUUUUUUGGCCAAAACGACUAAAAAGUAUUAAUUUUCAACUUGCUUGUCAACAAAGUCCACUUUUUGUUUCAAAGUUUGCAAAACAAAAAUCCUGUUGUUCACAAAAUUGCUUAAAAACUUAUUUUUUUGUUUAAGUUUAUUUUCGCCCCCCUAAAUUCAUUCAUUUUUUUAAAUUUUUAUGGCAAAUUUUUCCGCAUUUUCGAGAUACAUAUAAGCGCCAAUCAAAAUUAGAGAUGUUCAAGUUCCUUUUUACUUCUUCCAGGGCAACAUGCAAUGUCUGAACAAAAUUGAAGACUAGUCAAAGAUUUCACAUUCAGCUGACUGAGAGUUGUCAGAAAAUUAUAGGGGAGGGGGAGAGGGUAGGAGGUGAGAAGAAGUACGUUAUUAUUUAAACUGAGUUAUUUCACUACGAAACAUUCAAAAAAUUGUUAUUAAAACAGUUUUGUUUUCAAUUUUCUCAUUUUUCAAAAAUUUACGAAAAAUCCAAAAAUGAUUUUAUAAGCAUCUAAAAUCUUGGCUAUGGAGGUUUUGGAGCAUUCUGCUCCAAAUGUAGCCUGCUUUCGUUCAAAUUGAAUAGUGCCAGUUUUUUUUCACAAAAAGAACUUCCUAAAAGUAUAAAAGUCACCAACGGGUUACCGCAAAAUAAGAGCCACUGAAUUUUUUCUCAAGAAAAGUUUGGUAACCCAUCAGAUCACCAAACUGGUAUGUUAAUUCGAAUAGAUUCCGAGUUGAGCAACAAGCCAAAAUCAGCGAGUUGAUGCUUAAUUACGAACAUUCGAUAUCACUUCAAAACUUCAUAACUAAAUUCAUCAGAUAAGUACAAUAGAUAAAAAAAACAUAUUUUCAUCCGUUAGAAAAGAAUUUGAGCGUUUAGUUUUUAUAUUUAGGAACCGUGUGUAGAACGCAAUAAGCUUUCGCGAGCAUUUGAAUUUUUUUGAUGUUAUAAAAUAAAUUUUUUGAACCCUUGUAAUUAUUAAAAGCUAAUAUGAAUCCUUUCUAUAUUAUUUUGAUGGUAUUUUUCGCUUCCUAUUGCAGCAGUCAGAUAACGCACGAUUUAAAUAUGGAUUCUGAAAAGCAGAUUAGUGAAGUGAAUAAUUUUAGAGAUUAUGAGAAACUCAGUAGCGAAAUUUUAUCAUCCCCGUUCCGUGCACCUAAAACUCGUCCUGAAUGGUACACAAAACUUACACCCCGAUAAAUAAAACGAAACGAUCGCCGCACCGUGGAUGUAAGUAUAUCUAUGUAAAGACGUUUUCCCUGAAGAGGUAUCCGCAAAAUACGCCAUUUCAAUAAUAGAUAAUGAAAAAAAACUAUUGUGGUCCAGAAAUAGUUCAAAUUUUAUGAAAUUCCAAGGCGGAACUAGCCACAGUUGGCCGGACUUCUGCAAAACAAAUGAUUACUUUAGAAAUCAACUACUGCAAAACGACACGUUAAUGUUGUUCAUUCACAUAACACUGUUUUUGGAAAAAUCUGCGCAAGAAACUGCUGGAAAUUUGACGCGAUGCGAUACGUACUUGCAAAAAAAAAAAAUUGACGAAGAGAAAUAUACUUGGGCUAUUCAUAAUUUUAGUGCUUACAAGGACGAUGGUAAACUAUGAUUUUUUCAGAAAUCGAGUUCUACAAAACAACACAUAAACACUGUCAUUCACCAUGAAAUGGAUUUUCACACACACCCACGUAAUAUCCUAUCCAUAUACAACGUCUUUGCCGAGAGCCAUACCUGGGGCUACUGCUAUUGAGUCCACCAUUUCUGAAAACUUUGAAUCGAUGCUCGAAAAUCUGAAACUGGCAGAUGUCAUAUUCGCAAUCAAUGGAAGCAAUUAUGUUGUAAUGUCAAUUUUGUAUCUGGUAAUUUUAGCGUUUAUUCGUAGCUGAAACGAUCUUUUAGUGUGGCAUUCGGUGGUAACACUGACGUUCACAUGUUGUACAUUCGCCGUAGUUGUAAGUUUUAUUCAUUAUCGUUCUCUCUCAUCUCUCUCGUUUGUAAUGGCGUUUUUGUAAUUAUAUUUUUUUAAAUGGUUCGUGCGUUAUUUCUUCAUCAAAUUAAAUACAAACACUACAGGUGAUGGGCCCAGUGACAUUCUGGUGACCUGCUAGUUCAUUUUUUGUUGUUUUUCGCGCUUUCGUUGUUUUAAUUCGUAAUCAAGCUGAAGUAAAGAUGAGUACUCAAACUCAAGUUCCGGUGCAACACGUUUUCAAUGGGAAAGAUUUUUUGGAAUGGGAAUUCCGAGUCAAGACGCGAUCACGAAGUUUGAAUUGUAUUACUGCAAUCCCCAAAGAAGAUCCAGACAAACUUUCCGAUGGUGUGAAAAAUAAGGCGAUGGAUGCAAUCGUUGGUAUGCUGGAUAACUGUAUUUUGGGUGUGGUUAUGUCCACUUCAUGUCUGUACAAGGUAAUGGAGAAAUUAUGUGCUAGAUACACUCCUAAAAAUAUUGGCAUUUCCGUUGGUUUACAUACUCGGCUGUCAAAAGUUCAUGAAGGUCAGUUUGAAACAAUGGAAGAUUAUGUUAACGAAGUAUCGACCCUCGUGCAUCAACUCAGAGCUCAAGAUGGAAAUAUCACCAAUUCUGAGCAUAUUCACUAUUUGAAAAAUGGUUUGGCUGAGGAUCGUUUAGAAGCAUGUUCUACAAUUCGAGCUGCAUUACAGUCCGGUGAAGUUUUCGUUGAAGAUAUCGAAAGUAUCAUACUCGAAGAAAAGAAGCCAAUCGUGCAGAAAGCAGUAGUUGAAACGAAAAUAGCUGAGCCUAGUUCCGGUCCAAUUCCGAUCAAAGCAGCGAUGGUAGCGGCUACUGUUCCACCUGUGAAAGGUCCUACGUGGUAUAGGUGUCAGGGGAGGGGUCAUUUGGCGAAGUAUUGCACUACAUAUGGUGAAGAUCGGCCUAAAUGUAUGCAGCUGUCUCUGGCAUUUCAUAAUGUUAAAGCAUUCAUGAAGAGGUCACUAUCCAUCCACGAUCAUUGAUAGUGAAGUUCUACAUCAUGAAAAUUGCUUGAGCAGAAUUCGUUGUUUCUAAUCAUGAUAUUUUAUGAUGUAGAACUUCACUAUCUAUGAUCGUGGGUGGAUAGUGACCUCUUCAUGAAUGCUUCAACAUUAUGAAAUGCCAGAGACAGCUGCAAUUUGACAGUGUAAAGCUUUUCAAAGUGGUAGAUAAGCCUAUUUCGAUACUUCUGCAGAAAGACAAUCAUACCACUAACCUUUUGCGGGAUGUAACUAUUUGUUGACAAAUAUCAAGAAAGAAUAUCAACUUGAGCAGAAAUUUCUCAAAACAUUCAAAAGUUCAGAGUGGUGGUUGAGCAACAGUUGAAAGCUUUCUACUGAAUCUCAAAUCCCCUGAAUCCUGUAGUCAUAAGCUAGACACAAUCUCAUGAUUGUAAACGACGACUUCUGUUGGUGCAAUUAUCAUGAUGUAGAACUACAUUAUCUAUGAUCGAGGAGGGAUAGUGACUUCUUCAUGAAUGCUUGAACAUUAUGAAAUGCCAGGGAGUGCUGCAAUUUGACUGUGCGAAGCUUUUCAAAGUGUUAGAUAAACCUAUUUCGAUAUUUCUGCAGAAAAACAAUUGUACUGCUAACCUUUGUAGGAUGUAACUAUUUGGUGACAAAUAUCGAGAAAGAAUAUCCACGGAGUGAUAAACAGAUUUGAUGGGUGGAUUGUAGAUUAUCUGAACUUAUGUGCCAUUAAGAGCAUCUGUGUUCCUUCCAAUUCUUGUUUCUGUCAUUUUAAGCCUACUUGAUAAUAUUUCCCAUAUUAUGUACUCUGCGUAUUCAUGCUCUGUUUUUUCGGGUUUUUAUAGAGACAAGCAUAUCAAAUUUUUAAAAAAUCGCUCUGGUCCACCAUGCACACACCUUUCUUAAUUUCAUUUUGUGAAAGCUCAACCAUCAAUAUGUUCACCUAAAAAUGGGACAUGGGCCCCUGUAUUUUAUACCAACUUUUAUCAAUGUUUGCCCCCCAAAAAGGGUGAGGUGUUCAUUGGAAUUAUGCUUUCACUCAUUCAUUACAUCUAAUGAAACUAUAUCAUUCAGUUCCAAGAUUGACCCAAUCGGGUUUUUUGCUUCCUCAAUUUUUGACAAUAAUCAAAUAAAUAAGUCCAUAAUUAUCGAGGUGGCUUCAAGGGGCUGGGCGGUGAACUGUGAGUAAAAGUGAUACUUCUGAUGAUCUUAUUCAGGAAAUUGAAAGCAUUUUUUCAUAACAUCUCAGGAUUUGCUUGGGUGUUUAAGGGUUAAAAAGCCUUUUUUUUAUUCCAAACAGAAGUACCGUUUUUUUGCCAAACUUGUCGAAAAGGCUUAAUUUUUGAGGAGAAAAUUUCCUAAAGCGUCAAUUUUCAGCAGGUCCAUUUUCGUUAAAAUCGUCAACAAGGGUCCAUUGUUGUUAGAAUCGUCAAACAGUAUUUAUUUUUGUCAAAAUUGUCAUCAAUUAUCCAAUUUUGGUAAAAUGUUCAAAAAAAGACCAACUUUUGCCAAAACUGUCAAAAAGCUUCCGUUUUUUUUUUGUCAAAAUUGUCAGUAUGUGAAUUUUUGACGAGUUGCUGAUAAAGUUGGAAUGUUUUUUCAUCAAAAUUCUCAGGAAGUAGUUUUUUUUAUAAGAUAGUCAAACGGUCGUAAUUUUUUGAAAAAUUUCUGAGAGUGUUUUGUUUUUCAAAACGACAAAAAAAUUUUCAAUUUUGGGAUUUCAUCUCGCCUAAUAAGUCCUGUUUUUGUUUCAAAGUUUGCCAAACAGAAAUCUGUCGUUUACAAAAUCGUUGAAAAGCAUUCCUCAUUUCUUUUUUUCUUUUGUCAAAUUUCAUUUCAUCCCAAAUUCCUUCAUUUUUUCCAGUUUUUUGGCAAUUUGUCUAAAUCUUUAAGCUUUCUUUCGAGAGCACUUUAGGAGCACAGCGUACUUCCCCUCUCUCCUACCCAUAACAUUUUGUUUUCAAUCGCACGAACAUAGUAUACCUGGAAUUUCACGGUAAUCAACAUAAACGGUCAAGAGUGUGUUCAAUAAUGCGAAACAAAAAAUCUCGGGUAUGCAAGUUUUAGGACAUGCUUCCUCAAAUAAAGCUUGGUUUCGUUCAAGUCGAAGAAUAUCAAUUUGAACAGUUUUUUUUUUUGGUCCUGAGAAAUGUAGGUAGUAAAAAAACAUUCUCGGUACAAGUCACUACCGGGUGACCGAAAAAUAAGCGCCACUGAAUUUUGUUCUCAAGUAAAGUUUGGUAACCCCUAUACAGAUCAACAAACGGAUGUAUUCAUUCGAAUACUUAGAUUCCGGGUUGAGCAACAAGCCAAAAUAAGCAAGUUAACGCUCAAUUACGAACAUUCGAUAGUAUUUCAAAACCUCAUAAAUUCAAAUCAUUACAUUAUGGUGGUAUAGUAGAUAACAAAAAUUUCUUCACAUCGGUUGGAAAUCAAAUUGAGUGAGCAUUUGAAUUUUUUUGAUAUCAUAAAAUAAUUUUUCCGUGAAAACUGCUUAUUAGAUCUUUCAUGAACAAUUAUUAAAGCUAACAUGAAUCCUUUAUACGUUGUUUGGAUGGCAUUUUUCGCUUCCGAAUGCAGCAGUCAGAUGCGGCACGGUUUAAAUAUGGAUUCUGAAAACGUAGCUCGACACGAUACCUAUUCGUACACGCGGACACGCGAAUUAAAAUAUAUAUGGGCAAUUCAUAAUUUCAGUGAUCAUGAGAAACUUGGAACUGGCGAGAUUUUAUCACCCCGGUUACGUGAACCCGGAACUACUGCUGAAUGGUUCAUUAAAGUUACACUUCAUGGUACCGAUAAAAAAAACGAAGCGAUUUCGGUGGAAGUAUAUCUAUCUUACUUCUAUUCAUAUCUAAAGGAAUCCGCAAAAUACGCCAUUUCAAUAAUAAAUAAUGAAAAAAAACUGUUGUGGUCCAGAAAUAGUCCGAAUUUUAUGCAAUUCAAACCCGGUAGUGGAAACGGUUGGCCGGACUUCUGCAAAAAAAAUGAUUUCUUUAGAAAUCAACUUCUGCAAAACGACACAUUAAUGUUGUUAAUUCACAUAACAAUGCUUUCGGAAUUAUCUUCAGAAAAUUAUGGACAAAAAACUGCUGAAACUUUGCCGCGAUGCGAUACGUAUUUGCAAAAGCAAAUCGACGAAGUGAAAUAUAUUUGGGCUAUUCAUAAUUUCACAAAUCACGAGAUCAAUGGCAUCGGAGAGAUUGAAUCGUCCCGUUUUGAAGCGCCAAAAAAUGAUCGUCACUACUGGAGGAUUAAAAUUUAUCCUAAUGACAUUGGUGAUGUGAAGGAUACGAUAGCUUUGGAAGUAAGACAUUUGUGUUCAUUUGGACCAAAUCUAGUUGGGAUUGAGUCGGCAGAAAUCAAUGUUUCAAUGAUAAAUGAUAAAAAAGAAGCGCUAAUUUCUGCAAAUACUACGUUUGAUGAACCUGGUGACUUUUCCGAAAAAGUGUGGUCGCCUUUCUGCACGAAAGAUGAUUUUUUCAGAAAUCGAGUUCUACAAAACGACAUAUUAACACUGUCGGUCACCAUGAAAUGGAUUUUCCCACACACCCAUGUAAUAUCUUCUCUGCAUAAAACAUCUACGCCGAGACCUGCACCUCGGACUACUCUCAUCACGUCCACUUCUACUGAAAACUUUGAAUCGAUGCUGGAAAAUCCGAAACUGGCCGAUGUCAUAUUCGCAAUCAAUGGUAGUAAGUAUCCGGCUCACAGCAAAAUUUUAGCUGCACGUAGUCCAGUUCUCGCCACCAUGCUUUAUCGUAAAUACGUAAAAAGUGAAAAAUUAAAAAAAAUUCGAAUCAAUGUCACACACAUGAACGAAGAAGUACUACGCGCAAUGCUGCGGUAUAUUUACACAGGGAAGUGUGAAAAUUUGAGUAAACUAGCCGACCAAUUGCUCGUUGCUGCAGUAAAAUAUGGUUUGGACGGACUGAGACAAAUUUGCGAGGAAGAGCGCAGUAAGACUUUGAUGGACUGAGAAGCAAUAAGGGUAUUGGCUUUUUCCCCAAAAAAUAUCACUUCAAAUCAACAAACCCAAUAUGGUUGAAAAAUUUCUUCGUUUUCAAUCAAAGACUAACCUUCAAAAUUGAAAUCAAGUAAAUCAACAAAAAAUAUAUUAUACGAAAAAUCGAAGUAAUAUCCAGCUGCUGCACCCACAUGGACCUUGAAGGCUAUGGAGAAGCAAGCUCGUGGAUUAUAGUUAAAAUUAGAUGUAUUGGGGAUCCGGCCAAUGGGCUGCGACUCUCCUCUCGUUUAAUUUACUCCUAAAAUCUGGUACUAAUUUGUGGUUCAUCGACGUUCAAUAAAAAGCCAGAAAUGAAUAUUCACAAAAUAUAAAGUAAGUUAUCAUAAAAAUAAAUUGUAUAAUUGAUUGUGAAAAUCACUCGAAAAUAGGUAUCAAAAAAUUGAUGAGCCAUCAGAAAACUGCCAAAAUUUUAGAAAAUGUCUCAUUUGGGUAAAACUUGCACAGGCUGCUUAGAUUAAUUGAAAAAUACCAAGAAUUAUUCGGAAAUUCUCAAAAUUGAAUGAUGAUUUGACAAAACUGCAGAAAAGUGUCAUAAAAUUUGUCAAAUUGACCUCUCCUUCUCUCUCUCUCUACAAAAUUGAAAGUUACCAAUGAAGUUGAAUCAUUAUGGUAUUUAUUUACCGAAAUUUUUUUCAAAACAAUCGUCACUUUUUUUCAACCAAAUUUUCAUUCCACCCUCCACUCCCUCCCCACCCUACAUAGGAAAGUCAAAUCAUCCACAAGAAAAUUUGUAAAUGAAAUACAUUUAUAAGUAGGUAUUUUAAUUUCAAUCAAAAUUAUAAAAAAAAAUCACUACUUUUCACUACUUUCACUACCUUUACUACCUCUUAGGCACCCUGCUGUCUCUUUUUCAAAAAAAAAACACUAAAGAAUUAUCAAACAAAUGCAAAACCUUUAACAUGAUUUUGAGUUUAUAAGUAGGUACAUAGCUAGAAAAGCAUUAAAAUUCAUAAAAACACAUAUUUAUUUUUUGGUGCGAACAGCUGUUCAUUUUAGCCUCAAAAAUUGUCAUGUUUGAUUUUUUCACAAAAUUUAAAGCUUUCAAAAAUUCAUCAUUUAAGAGACACACAACAAAUAAAAAUUCUCAUCAAUUCAAAAAGAUGAGAGUUGAAAAUUGAUAAGAAUUCUAUCAAUAAGAGGGAGGGGGGGACAACUUUAAAGGGCUUUGAAGGUGAAAUAGUCACAAACAAUAACCAAAUCCGUAAAAAGUAACCUCGUUCCGAUGCUUGUAUUUUGUGUCCAUGUCAUACUAGAGGGUUUUUUUUUCUUUCUUUAUUUUCGGUUCGCCGGACACACAAGACAAGGUGCUGGGGGUGUUUUCAAAUAAACAAAUUUAUUUACAUCUUAAAUCUAAGACUAAAUCUAAACAAAGUGUAAUAUCUCAAUUUAUCCCUAAUCCUAGAUCUAAGAUGCG